AUGAUUAUUUUAUUAUUACUUAAUUCUGUAAUCGCCAACAAACCAGAAGUCAAAUUAAAUGUUGAGAACAACCAACACACUUCCUUUACUGCUAUCGUAGAUUAAUCUAAAAUUUUAUAUGAAGAUCCAUCAUGCUUCUAAAUUGUCUUAUGGAAACGAACCUCCUCCGAUUCUCAUAAAUAUAAAUUCACAGAUCAAGAUUAUGACAUAUUAGAAUAAGAAGAGCAUAAGUUGUAAGGAACGUCGGGAUGUGUUCCUAUUUAAAAAUCAUUCCACGUUUCCCAACACCUGAGAAUGGGAUUGCCAAGCAAUGAACAAAUCUUUUAUACAGAUUUAAUAGUGCUGUAGAACAGAGCUCUGAUAAUCAGAAACGACUUCACCUUACAAGAAGUUAAUGUCGCACACUCUUAAUUCACUAAAACUAUAACUUAAUAAAAAUUGAAAAUCCCUCACUCUGAUAUAUCUCAUCCAAUCUUCUUAUGGAAUAGUCACAAUAAGAGAGUUUACAUAAUAUCCGAGAAUGGAGGUGUCAGUAUACCUGAUUGGAUAUCAAUUGGCGAGAACACUUUUUUUACCACCCCAGAACCCUUUAAAUAAAGAAAAAUCGUUUAUGAUGCCUAUCUUAAAGAUAACACAAUCUAUGUUGCGUGUGGCAAUGAGGGAGUCGAUGUAUACAAUUAUUAGGACGGUCGACUGAUGUAUCUUAAAAAUAUAGACAGAAUUGAAGAGAAACACUUGAUAGCCAAAGACGUAAGCGGAGAUGAUGAGAGUAAAAUUACUUAAUUUAAAUUAGACAUUUACAUUCUCGAUCAUUCAUAGGGUCUAUUAAUUUGUGAUUAUGAUUUUAAAUUCAAAUUCAGAGUUCCAAUAUUGAUGGGAAGUGAUUUCAGUCAUUACAAUAAUACAUUUAUUGUUAUUGCAGAGUCACAAAGAAGAUAAGAUUAUGCUUUAGAAAUCUUUUUAAAUUUUACAGAUAAUUCCUAUUAUUUAAAUCACUAUUAUAUUGAUGAGAUGUAAUUUUAUGAUGUGAAAGUAUAUGAAAAAUAUGCUGUUUUGAUUGGAUAUGAGGCACAUAAAAUUAUAUAGCAUUCCAUCUUUUCGCAGUUUAUUAAAUUUUCAAGUAACAAUUAUUUUGAAUUCCCUUAAAUGUUGUAACUCAAGCAAUGGAAUGACUCAUUUGUUGGAUUAUCAAAAAGAGAAUUAAGAUUAUUUAGUAUUGACCAGUUAGCAGCUCACAUUGAAUGCCAAUCUUAAGAACACUUUUAGGAAAGCUACUUAGUUGCAUAAUACUUCUUAAAUUCCUCAUCUCCUUUCAUUGCAACUAAAUCUCAAUAAGUCUUUUAAAUUGUAUUCUCAGACACUAGAGUACUAUCUAAAAAGAAUGUUACACUAUUUGGGAUUGCUCUCUUCCUUAUAUUUUUAUGUUUAUGGCUUGCUGUGCUUGGUUUAGCUUGUUUCAAAAGAUUCAGAGAUAGAAUAAACAAGUUGGAAGAUGACAAAAAAGCCUUGACUUAAUAAGCAGAUUAAGAUAAAGAAGAUGGGCCAGGACAGGAGUUAUCAGCGAUAUGA